UUAUAAAAAUAAAAAAAUGUACAUGUGACUUUUGCAACAGUCCUGCCGUGAAAGAUCGGUUUGUGUGUGAACGUGUAAAAUGAUUUGUGUGUAACUUCCUCCUUUCCUUCUACUCACCACUAGUCGGCGCCUUGCAGCCACUCGCACUCGUGUUGGCGUUGAAGUCAAGAACGAUGGCCUUUCCAUCACUUUCUGCAAGUAAAAGUUCAUGUUUAGCAGUAACUUAGUUGGCACAAGUAUUUUCUACUGAAAAAAGUUGUCAGUCAUGACAUGACGGCCGGAAUGAUCCAAGCAGAUCUUACACACACACACACACACACACACACACACACACACACACACACAGUUAAAUACGCACACACACUUGGGUACGCAGAUAAACACAUCGUUUCGCUGCAGAAAUGUCACUUCUAAAAAGAUGGCCAAUUGAGGCUUUUGCCACACACAGAGUUAAACACGCACACAUAUUGUUUUUUACAGGCACACAAAUCUGGAUACACACACACACCUUUCAUGGCAGAAGUGUCGCAAAAGUCACAUGUAAAAUGACCGCCAAUCGAGGAUUCCUGCUUCACACAAAUCUAAAUACGCACACACAGAGUGUAACACAUCUGAAUGCACACAACUAUUAUAUUUUAUACACACCUCAAUCUGCAUACGCACACACAAAAAUUUGAGAUACAGACACAAAUCAAUACAAAGAAAGGGAAUUGGAUUUGGGGCACAGAUUGAGGUACAGACACACCCACGCAAAUCUGAUUACACACACACAGAUUGAGAUACAGACACACAAAAUAGUACAUAGACACAUGAAUUAGUUUAGACGCACAUAUUGAGAUACGGACACACAAUUUAAAACAAAACAGACGUGGAUCUGAUUACACACACAGAUUGAGAUACAGACACACAAAUAAGUACACGGACACGUCAAUUGGAUUAGAAGCAAGAUUGAGACACAAAAAUUGAGAUACAGACACACAAAUUGGUACACAGACACAUGUAUUGGAUUAGACACGCACAGAUUGAGAGACAGAAUUUAAAACACACACAGAUUUGAGAUAGACACAAAUUAAUACACGGAAAUUGGAUUUGGCCCACAGAUUGAUACAGACACACAAAUAAGUACACAGAAACGUGAGAUGGAUUAGAUGCAAGAUUGAGAUACAGACACAAAAAAUAAAACACAUGGUUGCAGAUCCUAUUACACAAACAGUUGUUGAGAUACAGACACACAAAUUAGUACAAAGACACAUGAAUUGGAUUAGACGUACAGGUUGACAUACAGACACACAAGAUAAAACACACACACAUGGAUCUGCUUAAACGUACAUAGAUUGAAAUACAGACACACAAGAUAAAACACACCUGGAUCUGAUUUAACACACACCCACACAGAUUGAGAUACAAACACAAAAUAGUACACAGACACUUGAAUUGGAUUAGACACACAGAAUGAGAUAUAGACACACAGGAUAAAACACACACACAAGUAAACACACUCACAAGCACACACAUGCGGAUAUGAUUACACACACACAAAUUAAUAAGAUGGCGGCGCCCGGACGGGCUGCGCUCUCGAGGAGCUCUUGCUAAAGAUGGAACAUUUGGCAGAAAUACCGGACAAUUCCACAAACUGUAUGGCUGGCUCACAUCGUGGUCACUCCGUGAUCACGUACGACCGCCAGACACUUCUGGAUGUGGACAUAUCGGGCCGUUUUGGACUGAUAGACACUUGCGUGCUAGACUUGCUAACUAGCAUGGGAAUACAUCGGUGGCUACAUCCAGCGGCCUGUGAAGCAGGGGAGUCUAGUAGCAGCGGGGGCCGUCUACGGAGCAGACGCCAGCGGUGUGAUCGGAAACGCGGAUGCCGAGCGGGGCUAAAAACAAAGCAGAAGGCUAAUCCCCACAGAACACCACUUUCCUCCAUCCCGAAGACGGAUUUAGAUGGAAAAUGCGAGACUACUGGUCUGGGUAAGGAGUCAGUUAAAUUAGAACAAGUUUUUUCUGCUUUGAGUGUUUCAGAGUUGGACAUGUGUGUUACUGAGGUGGCUAACUAUGAUGCGUGUAGUUUAUCAAAGCAACAAACAAACAAUCGGAAAAUCCCCGUUACUGAGGUGGCUAACCAUGAUGCGUGCAGUUUAUCAAAGCAACAAUCAAACAAUCGGAAAAUUCCUGUCGUAUCAAUUCCUAGAUAUGGUCGUAACUAUACUAAAUGCACUGGGCAUAAUAAACACAACAUUAUUAAUAUUGCUACUACGGAUAAUUUGAUCAAAAACUCCCUAAAACAGCCCACUACCUAUAAUAUAGGUUUUUUAAACAUAAGAUCAUUGUCUCCCAAAACGUUGUUAGUUAAUGAUAUUAUCAGAGACAACAAUCUUAACGUCAUCGGUCUCAGCGAAACCUGGCUUAAACCAAACGACUUUUUUGCGCUAAAUGAGGCAUGUCCUCCUAACUUUGCACAUGCGCAUAUUGCCCGUCCGCUCAAAAGGGGUGGGGGGGUCGCACUAAUAUACAACGAAAACUUUAACCUCAGUCCUAACAAAUAAUAAAUAUAAAUCGUUUGAGGUGCUUACUAUGAGGUCUGUCACACCGCUGCCUCUACACCUGGCUGUUAUCUACCGCCCCCCAGGGCCCUAUUCGGACUUUAUUAAUGAAUUCUCAGAGUUCGUUGC